AUGCGGCGCUUGCGGGUCUCAUCGCCGCCGCCGCCACUCACGCUGCAGCUGCUGCUCUCGUGUGCCCUGGCGCUGCUGCUGCUGUCGGCCUCCGCUUUGGCUGGGGCAGCCGUGCGGCCGGCAACGGCGGCUGGCCCGGCGCUCACGGCGACGGUGCACCACGCGAUUCGCUUCGACCGCCGCGUGUCGAGCCCCGCGAAUGCGGUGGUGUCGUUGGGCUCCCAGGCCUCCCUGCUGCGCGGCAGCGUCGCGCCGUUUAACCCCGCCAACCUCGCCGCGCACCGGCGGCAGACGGUGUUUAUCCCCGCCGAGCGGCACCUGACGGCGGGGGAGUGGGAGGCGCUCGUCAACCUGCCGGUACGGGGCGUCGUGGCGGCCCUGUCGCCCUUCGACACGCACAACGAGCGGGUGUUUCAGCUGCACCUCGCGCGCGAGGCAGUGCCGUUCCCGGUGUAUUUUCUCCCGCAGAACGGCGAGGACGCGCGGCGGCUAACCGCUACCUUCACGGCCCUGCGCCCCGGCGAGUACGCCGUCAUCUCCGUCGGCGGGAAAGAGACGGCGGUGGCCAACGCGUCCGUGGUGGGCGUCAACCUCUACGCCGCCCUCGUCUUUAAGCCGAAGGAGGCGAAGGCGGCGGUGGAGCUGCCGCGCCUGCUCCUCACGGCGUCGUUCGACACACUCGGGGUCGCACCGACUGCCCACACAACCGGUGGCGCCUCCGGCGUCGCGGCGGCGCUCGAACUCUGGCGAAGAUUUAACGUGGAGGCGGCGUCCGCCGCGGCGGCGGAAGGCAGAAGAAACGGCGCCGCCUCGUCCUCCGCGCCCUUCGGCCUCUCCGUGUUGUUGGGCAACACCGCCCGGUUCAACUACGCCGGCACGGCGCGCUGGAUCACGGGGCGUGAGGAGGGUGAUCUCGAUCGUUAUCGACUGGUGAUCUGCCUCGACGAGCUGCUGCGCGCCGGCACCGAUGAGAAUGAGGCUUGGGCCAGCGACGCAGACGGCGACGCCGCCGCCACACCGCUCUUCAUGCACGUGCACGAGUCCUUCGCUAAGACCCCGCAGUUCGCCGCGGUGAAGGAGACGGCGGAGGCCACGGCCGCGCGUCACGGCAUCGCGUUGACGGUCGUCUCCGCAAAGAUGAACUAUCGCCACUACGAUGUGCGUUUUGAGCACGAGGUCCUGGCGCACCGGCAGAUACCCGCAGUGACGUUUUCCGCGGUUCGUAAGUACCGCGUCGACCAACUUUUCCGCGGCGGCCACCCGCCGAUUUCCGUGGAUGCUGCCGUCAACGCCACCGCCGGCGCUGCGGCCGCGCAGCCCCCCAAGGUUGCCGUGGCACUCAGCCGCCGGGUGGACUUUGUCCACGCCUUUGCGGGGGCAAUGCUGGCGCGCUCGCCCACCACGGCGCCGUGGGUGGGGAGUGCCGCGUACAUGCUGGGCCUGCUGCGUCACGCUUCCGACGCCGAGCGCAGCCCCGUCUCCCACGACGGCGCGGGUCCCUGGAAGUACGCGGAGGCGCUUGCGGCGCACAUGAGGCAGACCGCGGCCACGUCUGCCCCGCGCCGCGCCGUCGCGACGGGCGUGUCGGUGUCGACGUACCGCUUCAAACCGACGGGGGUCGUGCUCGUGGGGCCGUACGAGCAGGUGAUGCGCGUAUUCGUGGCGAGGAGCCUCGUCGUGGAGCUCGGCAUCUUUGCCGCGGCGCUGGUGGCCGUCCUCGCCUUCGCCGUCUGCGAGUUCGGCGCGGAGAAGACGCGUCGCGCGCUGCUUGGGCCGUUCAUGUUGGGCCGGCCGGAGAAGUCCGCGGCGUAG